AGAAGAAGAAGAAGAAGAGGCUGCGCACGACUUGUGGUUGUGUGUUUACAUCUGUGUUUCUCUAUAGAUGUACACUUAUUUUGGGCAUGUCGAAGAAAUAUACCACACAUUAGUCUUCGCUAUUUAUCCGAGGGCUGUUGGCGUUGUGUCAGUUAAAUGCUGCACAUGAUGACCACCGAGCCUGCCAGCCUGGGGAGCCUGCGUGUGCUGUACCAGAGCGAUGACUACAUCGUGGUGGACAAGCACUGGGACAUCCGCAUUGACAGCAAGAUGUGGUACGAGAAAUACACCGUGCAGGCGCAGCUUCGAUACCGCUUCCCUCAGCUGGCAGAUCCCAGCACCUACUAUGGGUUCAGGUUCUGUCAUCAGUUGGAUUUCUCCACAAGUGGGGCUCUGUGUGUUGCCCUCAACAAAGCUGCUGCUGGCCGUGCUUACCGCUGCUUCAAGGACCGCACUGUCACCAAAGCGUACCUCGCUCUGGUACGUGGCUGGGUGGAAGAAGAGACACAAACUUUGGAUUUCUCCAUUGGCAAGAACUCCUCAGAGGGAAAAACACACAUGAUGUGUAUUGAGGGAACAGAAGGUUGUGAGAACCCCAAGCCUUGCCAAACUGAGCUGACAGUGUUGGAGUACGGGUUGUAUGACGGAGACCCUGUCACCAAGGUUCUACUGCAGCCACUCACUGGUCGAACCCACCAGCUGAGGGUCCACUGCAGCGCAAUAGGCCACCCCAUUGUCGGAGACUUCACCUACAGCUCAGGAGCGGAAGAUGCUCCCUACCGCAUGAUGCUGCACGCCCACCUCCUGCGCAUUCCCCUUGAACCUGAGCCCCUGCUGGUCACUGCUGGAGACCCCUUUCUCCCCGUGGAAGAUGCCAAGUGGCUCCCGCAGCGCUCAUUAAGGACACUGGCGGCCACUGUGGAGGCGCUGCUGGAGCAAAAGGUGGAGGAGGACAGGAAGAUCAAAGAGGAGAAGAGAGAGAAGGCGAGAAGGGAGGAGGAGAGGAGGAAAGGACUCCGGGAACAGAGGACUAAGGAGGAGAGUGAGGAGCAGAGGAGGCAGUGUCAGCAGUGGCUGUGUGAAUGGGCUGGAGACUGAUGAGUUGUUAUUUAUUUUAAUUUAUUUUAGCUGUUUACUAAUGAAGGCCAUGUUGAGCAUGCACGCUCUAUCUCACUGAUCACCUGCGUUACAUUAAAUAACAUAAAUGGAAGUGAACCAGCACUUUAAUUUCCUUACAAACCAGCUACAAACACAUUAGUAACAGCCUGCUCUCACACCCAGGGCAUAAAAAAGCUGCUUAUUCAGUGGCCCUCUGUGUCAGUCUUUCAGUCAACUCCAGUGUGAACUUAUUAGUGUCAUUAUUAUAUGUUCAGAGCAGCUCAGGGCAGGUGGGAGGGGAGGUGGACGGGUCCAGCAAGUGCAGGACUUUGACCCAGGAGACCAGUGUUUGUGUCCCAUGUGAGAUUAAGGAUGUUUUCAUACUAGGUACAAUUGAUUUGACCAUCUUUUUAAGUGGACUCAGGCACAGAUUGGGGUACCAUGCUUGGGUACGGUACUCAGCAUUCACACAAAUCACAAGAACUGGACU